AUCAUUCUCGAAUUCGCCACCAUGUUGUCACGUGCGCUCUUUCGUGCGGCGCCAGUCUCGGCUGCCCUCCGCCGCAACGCCUCCACUGCCCAUGCGCUUCCUUCGUGGGCCAAGGUGAACCCCGAGACGCUUUCAGGCUCGGCCCCCGCUGAAAUCCACAACUUGGUGAACGGCGAGUGGGUGAGCACGAGAAAGACCGAAGGCAUCAAGGACCCUAUGACCGGCGAAGUGUUCAUGCACGUCCCGUUGACUCAAAAGGACGAACUCCAGCCCUUCAUUGACAACCUCCGUUCGACCCCCAAGCACGGUCUCCACAACCCGUUCAAGAACGUCGAACGAUACUUGCUGUACGGUGAAAUCUCGAACCGAGCCGCCGCGAUGCUUCGUGAGCCCCACAUUGAGCACUACUUCGUCCGCUUGAUCCAGCGCGUGGCGCCCAAGAGUUACAUUCAAGCCAAGAACGAAGUGGUCGUGACGCGCAAGUUUUUGGAAAACUUUUCCGGCGACCAAGUGCGCUUCCUCGCGCGCUCGUUUGGUGUCCCCGGCGACCACUUGGGCCAAAUGAGCAACGGCCACCGCUGGCCGUACGGCCCCGUGGCCCUCGUCACGCCUUUCAACUUUCCGCUUGAAAUUCCCGUCUUGCAGAUGCUCGGCGCGCUCUACAUGGGCAACCGUCCAACGCUCAAGCUCGACUCGAAGGUCGCGGUUGUCAUGUACGAGGCCCUCCGCAUGCUCCACGCAUGUGGCAUGCCUCUCAACGACGUCGACUUUAUCAACUCGGACGGCCCUGUCAUGAACGAACUCUUGCUCAAGGGGAACCCCAAGAACACGCUCUUCACGGGGUCGUCGGUGGUGGCCGAAAAGUUGGCCGCCGAACUGAAGGGUCGCAUCAAGCUCGAAGAUGCUGGGUUCGACUGGAAGAUUUUGGGCCCUGAUGUCGCUGACGUGGACUAUGUUGCGUGGGUGUCGGACCAAGACGCGUACGCAUGCUCUGGCCAAAAGUGCUCGGCGCAAUCGAUUCUGUUUUACCACAAGAACUGGGCUAAGGCCGGGAUCGAAGAAAAGAUCAAGAAGCUGGCUGCGCGUCGCAAGCUGGACGACUUGACCGUUGGCCCUGUGCUCACCGUGACGACCAAGCGCAUGCUCGACCACAUCGACGCUCUGCUCAAGAUUCCUGGCGCUCGCGUCGCGUUUGGUGGCAAGGAAUUGAAGAACCACUCGAUUCCGUCCGAGUACGGCGCGCUGGAACCCACUGCGGUGUUUGUGCCGCUGUCGGAGGCAACCAAGCCGGAGAACUUUGACUUGGUCACGACGGAAAUCUUUGGCCCGUUCCAAAUCAUCACCGAGUACGACACGGACGCUGACGUCGAGACCAUUCUGUCGAUGCUCGAGCGCAUGGAAGCGCACUUGACGGCGUCUGUCGUCUCGAACGACUUUGCGUUCCAGCAACAUAUCCUUGCCCACACCGUCAACGGCACCACGUACAACGGCAUCCGUGCGCGCACGACCGGUGCCCCGCAAAACCACUGGUUCGGCCCUGCCGGCGACCCCCGCGCCGGCGCCAUUGGUACCCCUGAAGCGAUCAAGCUCGUGUGGAGUUGCCACCGCGAAAUCAUCAACGACUACGGCCCGAUCAGCAAGGACUGGACCACCCCCACCGCCACCUAAGUGUAGCUGCCGCCCCGAGACGACUAACUGCAUGACCGAAUUCAAUGGGUGUGUCAACGUAUGUUGCCUCCUCGAACC